AUAUCUAACUACCCUUGGCUUAGCUAGCUUCCAUCCAGUAUACAUACACAGACACAUAUAGAUAUAUAGUAAUGGAGCGUGUAGCUAAGGCGGCGUCGCAGAAGGCGGUGGUGAUCUUCAGCAAGAGCACGUGUUGCAUGUGCCAUGCAAUCAAGAGGCUGUUCUAUGAGCAAGGUGUUAGUCCCCUGAUUUACGAGUUGGACCAGGAUUUCUGUAAUGGCCGCGAAAUGGAGCGCGCCCUCCUCCGCCUCGGCUGCAACCCCGCCGUCCCCGCAGUCUUCGUCGGCGGCCGCUUCGUCGGCUCCGCCAACACCGUCAUGACCCUUCACAUCACCGGCUCCCUCAAGAAGAUGCUCAAAGACGCCGGAGCUCUCUGGCUCUGACACACAACGACCCAAGACUUUUUCUUUUUUAAUUUCCCUUUUUUGGAAUAAUAAUAUAACAUACAUAUCAUAAUUCUUCAAAAUUAACUUUCGUAAAGUGGCUUGGGAUUCACAAAACAAUAAUGUAUAUGUCAGUUUGACACUAGAAUAUUGGCAACCAUAUGUUUGUGUAAUAUGAAUUUACAAAGUGUGAUAUUUUG